AUGUGCUAUUAUCCUUUUUUUCCAGGAACGGAUUUACCCGAUGAUGAUUAUACAACAUAUAUACCACACCCAAAAUCAGCAAACAUUAAUUAUCGAAAUUCAUCACAGAUACCCAUUAUUAUUGAAACUAACGAAAAUAAUUCAACAUCGACAAUAACACAGAAAUCAAAUAAAAAAUCGAUUGAUCAACGAAAAACAACAAUAACUGGUAUUUCAAGGCGACAUUCAACAAUGGAAUAUGAUCCUGUAGAACGUACACGAUCGGCUCCACCAUCACCAGCUCUAAAUCAUAAUUUUAAACAAAGAUCAAGUCACAAUCGAAUUUCUAUGCAUCCAAUUGAAAAUGAACCCAAAGGUGUUUUGAGUGAACAUGAUUCAUUAAUAAUAAAUGAUCCGAGCAAUAAUUUAUCUUCGGGUACACUUGAAGUUCGAUUUAAAUUUGAUGCUAAAAAUAGCAAAAUGUGGAUAUUUGUUAUAAAAGCAACAUUAGAAAUGACUGAAAUAUUAUCAAAACAAACUCUUGUUCAAAUACAUUUAACUGUUGUACCAAGUAAACGUGUUCGUUUUCGUACACGAGCUAAACCAAUUGAUAAUGCAAUGUUUGCUGAAGAAUUUUUUUGCAAAGUAUUACCUGACACAAUGCAAAGCCAAGGUAUACGUUUUCGUUUAUAUACAUAUGAACGAUUUAAACGUGAAAAACUUCUUGCUGAAGCAACAGUUAUGUUUGCUACGAUUAAUCUUGAUGAAGAUAUGUGUAAAAUAGUGCCAUUACAACGAGCUUAUCCAUCUCAAGAUUCUGAUUUAGGUUGUCGUUCUCAUUUAAGUAUUAAUUCAUAUUCACGAAAAAGUUCUAUUGUUCAAAGUGGAGAUGGAACAAUAAAUUCUCUUUUGCAAGAACUAGAAAUUGGUUUAGCUUAUGAUAGAAAUCAAUCAAUGCUUAUUCUUGAAAUAGGAAAAGGAAAUAAUUUUCGUCUGAUAUCCGAAGGUCGAACUCCUGAUACUUAUAUUCAAGUAACACUUCAUAAUUUGGUUGGUGAAGAAAUGACUAGAAAUCGAACAGCUACGAGAUAUGGGCAAUAUCAACCAGUAUUUGCUGAACGAUAUUUAUUUAAUAUCGAAGAAAAUUUUCUUGAUCAAAUUACACUUAUUAUUUCUGUUAUUAAUAAAAAUUCAAUAAGUAAAAAUGAUCGUGAACUUGGAUGGAUUUCAUUUGGUCAUGAUCCUAGUGGAACUGUUCAAGUUGCACAUUGGAAUUCAAUGUUUAACGCACAAGGUGAAACAAUAACAAGAUGGCAUACUUUAUUAGAAAAAUGA